AUGUCUUCUACCAAUACUGUUAAGCUCGCUGAUUAUUUAUUGACCCGGCUACUUCAGCUAGGUGUUCAGUCUAUCUUUGGCGUUCCAGGAGAUUACAACUUGCGCUUGUUGGACUUUGUUGUCCCUGCUGGUCUACACUGGGUGGGGAACUGCAAUGAGCUUAAUGCCGCAUAUGCAGCCGAUGGAUAUGCUCGCAUCAAUGGAUUAUCCGCCCUGAUCACCACUUUCGGUGUUGGGGAGCUGUCUGCCGCUAAUGGUAUCGCUGGCGCGUAUGCUGAAAGGUCACCCGUUAUUCACAUUGUCGGUACUCCACCUCGGCCACUCCAGCAAAGCCGCGCAUUGAUGCAUCAUACUUUCGCCGAUGGUGAGUACAAGCGGUUCGCCGCUAUGUCAAAGCAUAUCACUAUCGCACAAACAGAAUUGCAGGAUGCAGCGACGGCACCAGAGAGAAUCGAUUGGAUCUUGCAGCAGGCUCUCAUCCACAGCCGACCUGUGUACCUUGAAUUCCCCGAUGAUAUGCCCCAUGUCCUUGUCUCGUCAGCAAAUCUCAAGACUCCGAUCAAGGUCCCAGAUGUCCCGAGUCCUGCAAAUGAACAAGAGGUCAUCAACCGCAUCUUAGAACGCAUCUAUUCCUCCAAGCAGCCCGUCAUCUUUGUAGACGGCGAGAGCAAAGCGCUGGGAAUCGUCGACCAGCUCGAUACACUGAUCAAAUCCACUAAAUGGCCCACCUGGACUACAGUCUGGGGUAAAGGACUCGUCAACGAAUCCCACCCCAACGCCUACGGCCUGUAUGCCGCGGCCUUUGGUGACAAACCUGCACAAGAAUACUUCGAAUCUGCCGAUCUGGUCCUCACAUUUGGCCCACACUAUAGCGAUACAAACAGCUACUUCGAUCAAACAAUCCCCAAGCCCGCAGCUGCCAUCACAUUCCGAGACAGCACCAUUCAAAUCGAAUCUGAUAUCUACCGUGACAUCUCCCCUUCCAAAGUCCUCUCCGCACUCCUGGACAAACUCGACUCCUCUCGCACAAUCACCGCCCAAGGCCCAACUAAGAAAAUUGUCACGCUCGAUGAUAUCCAGCCCACAGAUGCAGUUGCCCAGAAGAACUUCUUCCGGCUUGUCAACCCGCUCUUCCGCGAGGGUGACAUCAUUCUCGCAGAAACUGGCACAGCAGCCUACGGUGGCCGACACUUUAAGCUACCCCCGAAAUCCCGACUCUUCACUGCCGUCACCUGGCUAUCAAUUGGUUUCAUGCUCCCCGCUACCCUUGGCACCGCGCUCGCAAAACGGGAACUGAACAAACCAUCUGGCGCGCGGAACCAAACAGUUCUGAUAAUCGGUGAUGGUAGUCUCCAGAUGACAGCACAGGAGAUCAGUGUUAUGAUUAAGGAGAAGCUGGACAUUCUGAUCAUCAUCAUCAAUAACGAAGGAUACACAAUUGAGCGGGUGAUUCAUGGACGGAAAGAGGCGUACAAUGAUGUUCCAUUUUGGAGGCAUACGCAGGCGCUCCAAUACUUUGGGGCGGAUGAUGAGGCUGUGAAGCAGAAUACGUAUACGGCGAGGACAGUCGGGGAGUUCCAGGAUGUGCUGAAGAAUGAGAGAGUCAAGGAUGGGAAGGGAGUCAGGAUUGUGGAGGUCUUCAUGGAGAGAGAGGAUGUGCAGGAGGGACCUUUGCUUUGGGUGCUGAACAAACAACUUGCGGAGGAAGAGGCGGCCAAGUCUGCUUAG